AUGAUACGUAUCAUACCAUACUCACUUGAAUUUUGCCUCAUAGUUACAUAUAUCGAAACCAGGGGUGAUGGCGCUACCAUUCACCCGUGGUUUUGGAUAAUAUGUUUGUUCAUAAGACCUAUGCUGGUCUCCGUGGCGUUCCAGUACUAUCUGUACCUAAGGCCAAGAAUUGUUGUCCAUGCCGAAGCCUUGAUAACUCAGCUGGUUCUUGAGCAUAGUCUGCGAAUUUGGCUUGUAGCAGAGGAUCGGAGGAGAUACCCUUUCACCACCACAUGCGGGUCUGUGAUUCUGAGUUGGGGUGGGGGUGAACGACGGUGA